AUGAUACCAAAAAUUAAGGAACUAAUUUUUAAUUUGGCUGAUAGCUCAUCUCUAAAUAGUAAUGAAUAUCUUGAUGAUGAUGACAAUGAUAAUAUAUACGAAUCUGAAGAGAAUAUAUUACUAAUCGAAAUAGAUAAUAAUGAUAUCAUAAGCGAUAUUACUAAAAAAAAUAUAUCUAUUAAAAAUCCAUUGAAUACCAUAGAAGUUUUAAAAAAAGUAAAAGAUAAUAUUUACGAUGCUUUACUUUUUUAUUGGGAUGUUCCUAAUGAUUCUGGGAUAAUUGCCUCUUUACUAGACCCUCGUUAUAAGGAGUUGGAUUUUUUGGAGAUAGAUGAAAAAAAGUACAUUAUUCAAAAACUUCGUAAUGAAUUAGAAAUUAAUAAUACAUCUCCAGUAGAUAUUUCUAGUAAUCUAACUACUUUUUCAGAUACAGAAUUUUCAUUACGCUCACAAAAAGAAUAUCGCCAAUAUCAUCAAAUGAAACAUAAAAAACAAGUAAACCAAAGUGCACCUACUAUUGUUAAUGAUGAAAUAAGCAAUUAUUUAGCAAUGCCAAUUGCAUUAGAGAAUGAAAAUUCAUUGGAUUGGUGGCAGGCACGUGUAGCAGUUUUUCCAAAAUUAUUACAACUUGCUCGCAAGUAUCUUGGAAUUUCUGUAUCGUUUGUCUCUAGUGAAAG